AUGGCAAUAAUUAUUAGCAAAAGAAUUGUUAGGCUUUUGAUCCUAAUAAUUGCAUCAUUCGUAUUUUUCGGUUUACUAUUUUCAUCCUCAAGUAGCAAGUUUGUUGAUGAUAAAACUGUAGAAAAUACAAAAAAAAUAUUAAAUGAUUAUAUACCGGAUUUUAUUGGUUCUUCUUUAUCCAGUGAUGAUGGUACCAAUGAUAAUGAAGCAGCUGAAAUGAUUGAAGAAACUAUCACUGAAGUAGUUGAUGGUGAUAAUGUGCAAGCAGUUAUUGAUGAUGAUGUUCAAAUAGCUACCAAUAAUAAAGUCAAAGCUUGUUUUGUUUCUCUAGUCAGAAAUGAUGAUAUGUGGAAUAUAUUAGAUAGUGUUCGUGGUGUUGAAGAUAGGUUUAAUAAGAAGUAUCAAUAUCCAUGGAUCUUUUUGAAUGAUCAAGAAUUUUCCGAGGAUUUUAAAACUACUGUUAGCAAUGUUAUCAACGGGGAAGUCAAAUUUGGAGUUAUUCCAGAGGAACAUUGGUCCUAUCCAGAGUGGAUUGAUCAAGAAAAGGCCGCGCAAACCAGAAUUGAUAUGGCUAAGAUCAUUUAUGGUUCUAGUGAGAGUUAUAGACAUAUGUGUAGAUUUGAAAGUGGGUUUUUCUGGAGACAUCCCUUAUUGGAAGAAUACGAUUGGUACUGGAGAGUUGAACCAGACACUAAGCUAUAUUGUGAUGUUGAUUAUGAUGUUUUUAAAUGGAUGCAAGAUAAUGACAAGGUUUAUGGGUUCACUAUUUCUAUUCAUGAAUAUGAAUCAACUAUUAAAACUUUGUGGGCUACAACAAUGAAAUUUGUUAAAGAGCAUCCAGAAUAUGUUGCUAAAGACAACAUGAUGAAUUUCAUUAGUGAUGACAAGGGUAAAACUUACAACUUGUGUCAUUUCUGGUCUAAUUUUGAGAUCGCUAGUUUGAAUUUCUGGAGAAGUGAUGCGUAUAGAGCUUAUUUUGACUACCUAGAUCAUGCAGGUGGGUUCUUUUAUGAAAGGUGGGGUGAUGCUCCAGUCCAUUCUAUUGCUGCUGCAUUAUUUUUACCACGUGAUAAAGUUCAUUUCUUUGAAGGUAUAGGGUAUUAUCAUCCACCAUAUCAUAACUGUCCUAUAGAUAUUAAUGUAUGGACCGAAAAUAAAUGUGGUUGUGAUAGAGGUCAAGAUUUCACUUUCCAAGGUUAUUCUUGCGGUAAUAAGUACUUUGAAGCUAAUAACAUGGAAAAACCUGAGGGUUGGGAAGCUUUUGAUUAG